CGCCUGUCAUGGCGGCUGGUCCAUGGCUUCGAACAUUUUUCCCGCCUCUGCUUAGCACGGAAAAACUAGUUGAAUGAGGGCGUGGCCAUGACUGAGUAUGCCCAAUAGCGUCCCUGCAUCUACGCCGACGACACCCCCAUCGCCCUUACCCCACUCGCGGCUGGCCCGCUCUCACAACAGAAGGUUCCACGUUCGAUUCCCGGGAGUCGACUCCGAGGAACAUCUCCUUAACUAUUAUUCUUGUGCUCUUGUUGCUGACAUCUUACUUCAAGGCCACCUCUAUAUUACAGAAAAUUACUUUGCUUUUUACUCGAAUAUAUUUGGAAGAAAAACACAGAUAUUGCUUCCAGUGAGUGACGUCAUCAAAGUAACAAAAGAGAGAACUGCCAAAAUUAUUCCCAACGCCGUUGGUCUCUACACAGUAGAAGGAAAAUACGUUUUUGGUUCCUUGCUCCAAAGAAAUACUACCUACCGGUUGAUGCACCAUGUCUGGCUUAAAUCUGCAGAUCCAGAUUCUACAGAGGAUGAACCAACACCCAGUGAAGUAUCUGAGCCAGGUACAUCGGACGAGGGGGCGGCGGCGGUGCGCCCCGCCGCCUUGCUCGUCGAAGAUCUUCCGCCGCCACCGCCGCCCGUGCACCGCCUGUCACGCCGCAAGUCAGACCUCUUCCCCCGCAUAUCGGCCAAAGCUGCGGCACGCAGACAAUGCCCUACCGCAGCCAGCCCCGACGACAUUGUGGAGCAGAUAACACUCAGCAAGUGUCAUUGGGACUGCAGCAAAGGCAGAGAAUGCUUCGCACGAAUAGAAGAAAACGUCCAAACAGCCACGAACAGCAGUAUACCACGAAGCACCCUCGUUUUAUUAGCAGCUACAUUAAUCCUGAUUCUCCUGUUCCUUUUGGCGACUGUUUUGGUGUAUAGAGUGUCAAUAGUGAGCGCAAAGAAUGCCAUGGAGGAUAGUUGGCCGACGAGAUCCGGUCACAGGUUAGCGAAUUAUUUGGAACUAUUGAAACAACAGCAGGAAGCUGUGGAAGAAGAAAUUUUAAGAAUAACAGCUACGCUCAAGAACAGAUUAAACGAUUUGGGUCAGGUUCGCCAGUCAAUAGAUCAAAUGUCUAGUUACACCAGAAGUCCUUGCAGCCCUCACCACGAAAAGAAAGAUGAAUCAACUUUAGAUGUCCAUCAGGUGACCUAACCCAUACUUUGGAAGCAAACAGAAUCAAAGAAACCAAAACAAAAGACAUUAGCAAAAUCUUUGUUUGUCAAGGUUGUUGGUUUUGUAAUAUAAAUAUUUUUAAUUUUUAAAACGUUUUAACAAUUAAAUGGCAUCUAAGAAGAAAAAUAAUAGGGGGCAGAUUUGGAACUUGCCACUUAAAACAUACCAAGCUAAUCGUUCAGACUACUUGGCCACAGAAUAUACUGCAUUAAAUUAAUUAUAACUUUCAGACCGUUUGACCUAAUUAGUUACCAGACUCCGCAUUUUUUUCUUCUUCUAAUUUUGUGCAAAAACAAGUGUAUUGGAGCAAUUUACCUUUGAAGAAACAGAGCAGAUUUUAACUAGAAGUACACGACGUAAGAAUAAAUAGAAAAAAUCUUAUUUAAUGGCAUGUAAAUAUUGAUGUUAAAAAUGAUACAAAGUGAGCAAAAUAUCAAGUGUGGGGCAAAACAAAUAGCAUUUAAUUUUAAAUUAGGACUCGAAAAAUUUGUGAUGACUUUAAUUAAUUAUUAACCGAUUCUACUACUAAUAGCUACGGAAUUUUCAAAACACUAACAAACUGCUCGUUUAAUACAGGGUGUCCACAAAAGAACUACAGGGUUUUGAAAAAUUAUACUGUGUAAACGGUAUGAGUUAGGUCAGGUCAGUUAUUUGUGAUGAAAUUGGUAACUCAUCGAAUUCUUUGCACACCAGUUUCAGUUUGGCUUUUCAACAUUAUGAAGAGAGGAAGAAUCGGAUAUUCAAUUAUUUCCAUACCUAAUGAAAAAUUUUAAUUAAAUAUUUGUUAUCCACAUGCAUAGCAAAGAGGUAAAUAACAGAGUGAAAGAAAAGAUAAAAUCUUUGGUUUAGGCAGAUAAGUGUUAGUAAAUUGAUAAACAUAAAAGUUCAGUCAUCAACUGAUUUCCUUAAUAUAAUAAAAGAUUCUACACAUUCAAUUUUUUUAUACAAUCAAGUUGAUAGUGACUUGAAGAUAACCUGUGCAAAAAUGUAAAAUAUACUCCAGGUAUCAAAAGAAUGAAUGUUAUGUCAGCUAUGAAGGGCAAAAUUAUGCCAUGCAGACAGGGGCGCAGCUAAAGGGGGGGUUUGGGGACAACCCCCCCUCCCCCGAAACGUUAGUCCCAACAAAAGAGAAAGAGAGAGAGAGAGAAAGAAAAAAAUCAAACAGACUUUUUUCUGAGUAACAAAGGUCAAAAAUUCAUUUCGCUCCCCCCCCCCCCCAUGCCAUUGAAAAUCUGCUCCAUGUGUGACCCUCAAGCAUAAAGACGCCUCCCUCUGCUGCGACAAUUUUUUGAUAAUUAAGUGAAAUUAGACACUUCGCUUUAGAAAUGAGAUUGAUUUGUUAAAGCCACGUAUAUGCAGCCUUUCUUUGUCAUAGAUUUUGCAAAUUGUUAAAUAUGUUGAAUUUUUAUGAGCCGCGCAGUGGGAAUAUUGCAUACAGUCGAAUUUGUAUAUUUUGAACUUCACAUUAAAGAAAAAAAUCGAGAUAAAGAGGUUUUGAGAUACGGGGGCUUUAAGAAAUUUUUAUAGAAAUUUGAAAUAUGAUGGUGAAAAUUUAAAAUCGAUACUAAAGAGAUUUUUGGGCUCUUGAUUAAAAUUCCUCUUUAUUAGUUUUGUUAGGUAUUUAUUAUAUUAUUACAUUAUUAAGUGCUUUAUUGCGAGUUUAAGUAAUCAUUUUGACAGUAAAAGAAACUUUAAGUAUCUCUUUUUGAAAAAAAAAGUCUUUUAUUGCUUUUUGGUCCCUGUUUUUUUUUUGGAUUCAUUAUUUAUCCUCUUGAGGUUAGCAAUUGCUGCAAAUCUAACUUGGUCAGUAUUCUACGGUUUUCCUUUUUUUCAUCACUUGAAAAAAACUUAUACUUUCUUUUCACUCCUAUCAUUUCGGUUUUCUAAGGAAACAAUUUUACGAAAGAGAGCAAACAAAGAACAGUACUUAUCCAGAUAAC